CGAAGUCAAGUCUGGCUGGCACAAACAACAACCAUUAUUAAUAAAAAUGAAAAGGAAAAAAAUUAAUUCCUAAAUUCCUUUGUAUUUUUAAGUUUUAUUAUUAACUCGAUCGAAGCCGAAUACAAAACCACUUUAGCUUCAAGUCAAAAGAAACUCCAAUCUGUCUCAGGACGCUUGCCUGAUCAUUCAUCGCGCCUUAUCCUGCGCACCCUUGGCCGGCUUUCUGCGUUUUAGAUCCCACCAACUACACUCCCUUUCUCCACUGAUUCAAGACGGUUAUCAUUUUAUCUGCAAAAUCUUCCAUUGUGUUUCUUCAAGGUUUGAAUCAUGGGCUGCUUUGGCUGCUGUGAAGAAGAUGACAUGCAUAAAGCUGCCGACAGUGGAGUUCCAUACCCUGUUAAAAGUUCAGCAGGUAACAUUGGAGGUUAUCAUGCAUCAGAAACGGCACCGAGGGGUUCUCAGGCUGUUAAAAUCCAGCCUAUUGAAGUCCCUUCCAUUUCAGUAGAUGAACUGAAGGAAGUUACAGAUAACUUUGGGACAAAUUCUCUGAUUGGAGAGGGUUCAUAUGGAAGAGUAUAUUAUGGGGUUCUUAAAAGUGGACAGGCUGCAGCAAUCAAAAAAUUAGAUGCGAGCAAACAGCCUGAUGAUGAGUUCUUGGCCCAGGUUUCGAUGGUAUCAAGGCUUAAGCAUGAAAAUUUUGUACAAUUGCUUGGGUAUUGUGUUGAUGGAGGUUCCCGUGUACUUGCAUAUGAAUUCGCAUCCAAUGGUUCUCUUCAUGAUAUUCUUCAUGGGAGGAAAGGUGUUAAAGGAGCACAACCUGGUCCUGUCCUUUCAUGGCAGCAGCGUGUGAAGAUUGCUGUUGGUGCUGCAAAAGGCCUUGAAUACUUGCAUGAAAAGGCUGAUCCUCAUAUUAUCCAUCGCGACAUUAAGUCCAGCAAUGUUCUAAUUUUUGAUGACGAUGUUGCCAAGAUUGCAGAUUUUGACUUGUCAAAUCAAGCUCCUGAUAUGGCAGCUCGUCUUCAUUCCACUCGUGUUCUAGGAACAUUCGGUUAUCAUGCCCCUGAAUAUGCAAUGACUGGACAGUUGAAUGCAAAAAGUGAUGUGUACAGCUUUGGUGUUGUUUUGCUCGAGCUUCUGACUGGGCGAAAACCUGUUGACCAUACUUUACCACGUGGGCAGCAAAGUCUGGUGACUUGGGCCACACCAAAACUUAGUGAGGACAAGGUACGGCAGUGUGUUGAUACAAGACUCCAAGGAGAUUUCCCAGCCAAGGCAGUUGCAAAGAUGGCUGCGGUUGCUGCCUUGUGUGUACAAUAUGAAGCAGACUUCCGGCCAAACAUGAGCAUUGUAGUUAAAGCUCUCCAGCCUCUCUUAAAUGCUAGGCCAGGACCUACUGGUGAUGCGCCAAGCAUAUGAUUUUCUCUCUCUCUCUCUCCCCCCACCUUCUCUCUUUCUCUCUCUACCUGUGUGUGUGCACAAUUGUGCACCCAUGCAAGUAUCCGAGACAUACCAAAGAGUUGUUACAGGAAGUGUUAGUAAAUUAUUUCGACAGCUCCUUAUGCACCCAUUAUUUUCUAUGUAUUUCAUUUGUUCAUAAUGUGUGAGGCUGUUUAUGCGUUGUAUUUUUUGGUUUAAUUUUCCUUGAAUUAUUCACGUUAUUAGGACAACUUUGUGUCUAUUAUCUCCUACAGAUGUGAAUGAAGAUAUGAUUUCCUCAUCCUACCUGUUAUAAACUGAAUGUUAAUACUUCGAUAAACUUCAGAUGAAUUAUGACGUGAUAAAUACCUUUUUUCGG